AUGUGGCUUUAUCCCAAAAUCGAGGGAUAUCGGCCUAUCCCCAAGGAGGUUUACACCUUGCGAACCUAUCUCUUUGCUGCUAUUUCCUCUACUUGUGGUGCUACUAUCGGUCAUGACAGCGUGUUCAUUGGUGGCGCACUUUCCCUACGGUCCUUCAAAGACGAGUUCAAGUUUGAGAGCAUAUCCGACGAUGAGGUUAAUGUUCUCACUGCCAAUAUUAUUUCCUACUAUCAAGCAGAUGCCUUCUUUGGUGCUAUCUUUGCCUAUCUAGGGGGCCACUACCUUGGAAAUCGCCCAGGCUUGCUCAUAUUUGCUAUUCUCUUUAGCUCUCACCCCCCAGCUGUUCGUGGUCGGUUAGUUGGUAUAUGGGAAAUUGGAUGGCAGUCUGGUGGUCUGGUCGGCUUCUGGAUUAACCAGUGGUUCAUUCCGUUCGCGGUUCAACUUGUGCCGGCAGGCAUCCUUAUCAUCGCAGCCAUUCUCACUGAUGAGAGUCCUCGAUGGCUGAUGUCGAAUGGAAAGCGAGAACAGGGCAUCAAAGUCCUAGCUAGGCUCCGAAAUCUCGCUGCAGACCACCCAUAA